ACAAGAUGGCCGCGGACUGUCAACCGUAAUAGUUCUCACACUCUUGUUAUUUUCUGAUGAUAUAAGCUACUAUUUGAAGGUUCCUCACAGAAAUGGGGCUAUCACAGAGUUCAGAAGUAUCCGAAGGAGGAACGUAUGGAUACCACGUGCACGGCGUGCAGCCAAAUUCCCCUGCACAGAUGUCCGGACUGCAGCCGUUCUUUGACUUCAUUCUGUCUCUGGACAACAAAAGACUUAAUGAAGAAAAUGACCUGCUGAAGGAGCUUCUGAAAGCCAACAUGGAGAGAGCGGUGAGGAUGCAGGUGUACAGCACUAAAACCACCACGCUCCGCGAGCUGGAGGUGACACCCAGUAACAUGUGGGGAGGACAGGGCCUGCUCGGUGCCAGUGUUCGCUUCUGCAGCUACCAAGGAGCCAAUGAGAAUGUCUGGCACGUUCUGGACGUGGAGGCCAGUUCCCCUGCCUCAUUGGCAGAGCUUCAGCCACACAUCGACUACAUCGUCGGAGCAGAUCAAGUGUUGCAAGACUCAGAAGACUUCUUCUCGCUGAUCGAGGCCCAUGAAGGGAAGCCCCUGAAGCUGCUGGUGUACAACACACACACAGAUGCCUGCAGAGAGGUGGUGGUCACACCAAACGGGGCGUGGGGCGGAGAGGGCAGUUUGGGCUGUGGCAUUGGUUAUGGCUACUUGCACCGAAUCCCAGGACAUCUUGAUGCUUCGACGGCAAAGCCUCCCUCCCCUGUUCCUGAGGAGGAACCCUUUCCGGAGCUGCCCACCCACGGGUUCACGGAGGCACCUUUGAUGGCUCCUUCAAGUCAAAGUGUAGACGUGUUAGACCUGGAGCAGGUCACCCUCCAGGAAGCUCCUCUACCUCCACCCAUCCAGAGGGUCAUGAACCCGGGUUUCUCAGACUCUGAAGUGGCUGUGGUGAACCCCGAACCUGCAGAUUUGGCGGACAGACUGGAUCUGUCCAUGUCGUCCAUCGACAUGACCAACACGUCACUGACUAUGCAUGAGGAGAAGGACGGGGAGAUCUCUGGUGUUGAGGAGCUGGAGGACAGUGUGCUGCUUUCGUCUUCAGUGGACAGCCAGACGGCUACGGAACUCAGCUCUGCUCUUGCUUCCACUGACACUUUAUCUGAUUCAGGCGUCCCGCCGGCUGAACUAUCUCACCUGGUCACAGAGUCCACAGACCCACCCGGCUCUCUGUGUGAAUCCAGCGAUAGCCCGAGUUCACCUCCGCGUGACCUGUCCCCCCCAGAGCCUCCUGCCGCUGAGCCCUCUGUCCCAGCUGAAGACCCUCCCUGCACGUCUCCCGCCGAUCCCCCCAAGUCCGCUCAGGCCGUCGAGGAUGCGACGUGGCCAGUGGAGGAGCCUGCAGAGCCUCUAGACGUGGCUGCUGCUGCUCACCACUGCAGCCAUGAGAGUGACGAGGAGGAACCAGAAGAGCCGCCUCUCGAGUAGGCUCGCAUCAGGCCGCGCAAAAAAAAUGGAGAGUGAAUGUUGACAAUCACUGGGGCUUUUUAAAAGGAACACUAUAGGAGAUACAGGACAGACAGAGGGACAUGCAUUCUGAUUUUAUAAUGAUAGAUUCACAGUAAGCGUAUGGCUCCAUCAGGUUUGUUACACUACAGCCACCCGCUAAAGCAUUAGCAUACCAGUUGGGAAAUACUUAGAGGCACUGUAGGAAUAUCUUAUUUCUGUUAUAUGUGUGGGAUUUUAAAGUUACUGCUUAUUUGUUCACCAA